GUGUGUGUGUGUAGUGUGUGUGCGUCAAUGUCAAUAAGCAACCGAACGUAAAUAACUCAUCAACGUGCGAGUGCGUAUUAUUGUUCUAUCUAUUGCGUGAGAAUGUAAUGUACGGAGGGUAUAUAUCGCGUUUCCUCUUGUGACACCUUCUGCCAUGUAUUCACGCGUGACAAACGUGCACGGGCUGAGAAACACUGAACGUUUGCGUAACUUUGCGUAUGUAGAAUAUCUUUUCGAGAAGAUAAUAAAUAAUUGCAACGUUGAGAAAUGCAACAAACGUUAUCGCAAAAGCAAACUUCUGUUGUCUACAACGAACGUAUGUAUGUUUGUAUAACAGAGGAGACACGUGUAAAGGGAAAAAACUAAACUUGAAUUUGUCCUAAUUGAUAAAGUGAGAAUCCCGAAGAUUGAAUUGCACAAUGCUAAAUACAUUCACAACUAUGGCACAAUCUACUUCUGCAAGCAGUUCUGGACUGCCGAGUCCAACUGAAGCAUUGGAUGACAAUUCGAAUAAAUUGACCACAUAUCUGCGUCAACUUGCUGGAAAUUAUGAGAUGGAUGUUGAUAUAAUAGUCAAAGAUCAUUGCUACGCCAAACCCUGGAACUGGAAACCAGAGAACAAUUACGCAAAGCCUGUAAAGAAGUUGUUUUUCUCAAAGAAUACUACAAUAAGCAGUAAACAUAGAAAAGACGAAGAAAUCAAUGUGGUGGACAUUGACGAUAAGCCACUGACACUGCCAUUUGACUUAACGAAAGCUCAGAAUUCAAUGGACGAAUUCCAACGUUUAGUGAGUAACGUACGCCUAGAAGAAGACGAAGAUUGGGAGGAAAAAAUAGACAAAACUUUGUGGUCUUCGGUUCAGAAUCGAAUAUUCAGCAAAGUGACUCGAAUAUUGAAUACGGAGAGGCUCGCGAGACUAUCCAAGACGAAGACCACAUCCGAGCCAAUUUUUCGAAGAAUGUCUAUAGAUAUUGCGGCAAGACAAUUUCGAGAAACAUUAGCGUCAAUUGUAUGGGACUGGAGAUUGGCUCAAUGGCUGCAUAAUUUGUUGUUUGAACAUCUCUCACAGGAAUACUUGAUUAUUUAUCUCGACAUUCUGCAAUCUUUGAGACAAAAGAUUCCUCAAUUGAUCGAUAAGAUGAUCGCGGUGCAACCGAACAUUAUAACCAAAGCCGGUUCGAUAACGUGGGAAACACUCGGAUCAUACUUGAAACGAUCGUGGGACCCAGUUGCAUCAAGUUUGAACGGAAUUAAACUCAAGGAAUUACCUGGAAAUCCGAUCUUAAUAGUAGUACCUUUCGGUAUAACGUCGACCGGUAUAACGUCGUCCAUUUCGAUGCGUCAACAGAAGUGGAUCGCGCAGCUGCGAAUGCUGGGCACGGUGUUCGCCUUUCAUAAUUACAAUCACAAUCACAAUCAUAUAGGAUUGGCGGCCAACAGAAUGACCAUGAUGGUGUGCAUAGAUCAAUUGGUUCAGGCCACGAGGGCGAAGUUACAAAGCAUCAGAAGCGAAUAUCCCGGCAGACCGAUCGUACUCGUAGGUUUUAACACUGGUGCAGCUCUUGCUUGUCAGAUAGCACAAAUGGAACACGUAAAUGCCGUAAUCUGCAUCGGAUUUCCUUUCACGACGGUUGAGGGAAAACGAGGCACACCGGACGACAUGUUAAUGGACCUUCGUUGUCCUGUGAUGUUCAUUAUCGGUCAAAACGCCACCCUCGUCAGACCGGACGAUCUGGAAGAUCUUCGAGAGAAGAUGAUGGUCGAGACGAGUCUAGUGAUUGUCGGCACGGCUGACGAUUAUCUCAGAAUAUCCACGUCUAAGAAGAUGCUUGAGGGCAUUACGCAGAGCAUGGUAGACCGAUAUAUAUUGGAUGAGAUUGGCGACUUUAUCGGUAGCAUCUUGUUGCAACCGAAUCCGCUACCACUGCGACCAACGAUAUCGACCAACUGUGACAACAAGAACAAGAAGGAGUCUCUCAGACGUAGAAAUUCAACGAGCAGUUCCGUGGAGAGUGAGCCUAAUUCGCCGAUCGUAAAGAAAUCCCGACCGAACUCGCCGAUAUCCUCCGCCAUGCUGUCGGUCGGAAUGAACGCGACGACGAGCUUGACUCCCAAAGUCAACACGCAAAUUACCCCGGUUCAAGGGAGCGUACAACACGCAAAUCAUACUUCCGCGGUGAGACGGAAACGACCCGCGAACAAUCAGAAAAAUCAAUUACCUGAACAUUUAAAGACCGCUAGAGUAACUGGGCAGACAAAUAUUGCCGCAGAAAACGGUUUGACGCUUAAUAUCGGUUCAUUAGCGAGUUUAGCGCCUAUAGGACCGAUACGUUUAGCACCGAGUACGGCGAGUCAAUCUGCGACCACCAUGUCAAAAGCGUCUAAUGUAUCCAGAUCGUCGGCCACAUCCGCCAAAGUGCCGAAGAUCAUUUCGAAUGUGCCGCUACAGGGCACGAAGAUCAAAACGUUAAUACCUGCUAACAAGUCUUACUCGAAUGUGGUGUCGAGUAAUUUCAGACAUGUGAACGCAUCCGACAAGAACGCAGAUACGAAAUUGGUGAACGUUAUCACUGCGGGUAGUCAGAUCAGAAUCAAUACGAAUUCUGGAGCGGGAAGCGGUAAACCCGUUGCAACAACAAGCGCCACGUUGUCGAAUCUUCUACAAAGCGGAAAAAAUCCUGCUCCGUUAACGAGUACCACCUCCUCCGCUCGUGUGUCGUCGGCUUCCAGCAUUUUGUUAACGACCACCAGCUCGCCGACGAAUAACGUAACGCCAUCCACGUCGACAGUCUCAAAAGCGACAGAGGAGAUGGGAAUGAGCUGUGACUCGCAAGUAUUGGAUAUACCCAAGUCGGCCUAUGUACCACGACAAGAAACCGCACCCAGUAACACGGAUAAUAACACGUCGUGCAGUAACAUAGUCAUUGUCGAGAAUUCCCUUCACAACAGGAGCGCGCCCUCGGUAAUAGUUCCGUUGAAUAAUCAAAGUUCCGGCGGCGUACUACCGAUAUCCAACAAGCUGAAGGUUUCCCACAAGUCGGUGAAAACUAUGCCGAAGAUCACAGUGAACGCCACCAACUUACAGAGGCUUCAGAAAGCGAAGCCUCAAAAUAUUCAGAAAACUAUAGCGAACGAUCUUGACGAUGAUCUGGGAAACAUACUGGACAUACCGAUAAUAUUUGCCAAAGACGAUGACAAUUUGAAUAACAUCGACAAGAUACCGGUCGUGACGCAAACCGCGCUGAUCAAGGAUCCCCAGGAGAGACCCAAGUUGAACAGCACCACCAAGGUUGUUCUGAUAAGUAACAAACAGGACAACAAGCUGCAACAGACCCCGAGCAAGAUCGGAGCGACUUCCACACCGGCCGUUAUAUGUCCCAAUAUGACUGUGCAGAAUCUAAAUCAACUGAUAUUGCAGACUCAGUCGCAGAACAACAGCAUCCCGGCGAAGAGCAGAAUUGGAAUGCCGUUGGAAAAUCGACUGAUGCAACCGGUGAAGUACACGAAAAUUAUUUUGGCAAAGAGAAGCACGCAGAUCGCUCAGCAGAACGAGCAAGUGAUACUGACGAAGAACACGGAAGACGCGAGUGCGCCGAAAAUCCUGACCUUCAAGGACGAUUACAGAUGCGUGCAAACGCAAUCUUCCAAAACGUCGAGUAGUUACGACGAUUCUCUCGCGGACGACGUACUCGAGAUUGAAGACGCUAUUAAGACGAAUAUUAUCGAGCGCAAAUACACGCCCGCGCCCACAAUCGAAGAAACAUCACCUUCAGCUGUUGGCGACAAUGAUUGCGAUGUCUUGAACAAGGUGGACGAGAAGAAACACGCAAGUUUAGAAGAGUCUGCUUUUGACAGUGCGAGUAAAGUAAAAUAAAAGAAAAUACACAUGUAUAGUAUUUCAGAGUAAUACUAAAGAUACAUAGCAAAAUGAAUUAAACAGAUUAAUAUUAAUAUAUUAAAAAAAAAAAAGAUUAUACAUAUAAUAUAUAUAUAUACUAUAUAUUAUAUACAUAAUUGAAGUA